AUGACAUUCACACCUUCAAACGAAUUAUUUUAUGAGUCCGAACAUGAAGAACAGCAACAACAGCCUCAACAACAAAAGAAAGGGAAGGCCGAUCCGAGAAGAUGGACACAAAAAGAAGAAAUUGAGUUAGCAAGGGCAUGGGUCGACAUAUCUGAAGAUGGUGGCACGGUAAAGGGUCAAAAUCAUGAUCAAUUUUGGUUACAUAUCACAGAGCUCUUUUGUAAGGGAAUGGGUCGAAAUCUAGAUUAUCGGACCUCCGACCAAUGUAACUCCAAAUGGAAUCUUAUGAACAAAGUCGUCACACAUUGGAAUGGAAUUUACACAAACUUUGAAAUGUAA